ACUGUCUUCCUCACAUGACCCGUGUGUUUGUCCCCGUGAUCAGCGCUUCCAUCUCCGUAAUUCUGUGUCGUUGAAUAUCGGCGUUUUACACCCGCAAAAGCUUCAUGGAUAUGCUGGAGCAAAGUCUGGACAGCUCGGCGAGUCACGACAAACAGGAAACAGAGGAGGUGGUGCAGCUACAGGAAGGGGAAGCUGUGGGGACGGACGAGCAGACUGCAGUGACCAUCACCGGUGUCCCUCAGGCUGCAUUUGCUGACCACAAUGUGCAGUACCAGUUUCGUACAGACAACAGCGGCGGACAGGUGACCUAUCGCGUGGUUCAGGUGACAGAUGACCAACUAGAAGCGGCAGCUGACGGGACGGGAGCCGUCAGCGUCGUCUCCACUGCAGCAUUUGCUGGAGCCCCUCAGGCAGUGGCGCAGGCUGUCAUCCAGAAUCCUUUCAGCAACGGGGGAAGUCCUGGCGGGGAGACGGUGGGAGGAGAAACACGUUUCGCUUAUUUCCCUGCAGCCACAGUCAGCGAUGGAACAGCCACGGCCGUGUCGGUGCAGGCCACCGCCGACCCAACAAUUACACAAGCGGGAGGUCAGUUUUACGUGAUGAUGAGCCCACCUGAGGUGCUGCAGACGGCGACCCAACGCACCUUAGCGCCACGCACACACACCUACACUGCAGACCUUGGUGAAAGCGAGAUGUUGCAGCAUGGCAGUUCAGACUGGAAAGUAGAUGGUCCACGGGCACCCAGGGAUGAGAGGCGAAGAGCACAGCACAAUGAAGUGGAGAGAAGAAGAAGAGACAAGAUCAAUAACUGGAUUGUCACGCUGUCAAAAAUCAUUCCUGACUGCAGCAUCGACAGCAGAACCGGAGCGAGUAAAGGAGGCAUCCUGUCCAAAGCGUGCGACUACAUCCGUGAGCUGCGUCAGAAUAACCAGCGGCUGCAGGACAGUUACAAAGAGGUGGAGCGAGUCGAGAUGGACAACGAGCUGCUUAGACAACAGAUUGAGGAAUUAAAGAACGACAACGCACUGCUUCGAGCACAGCUGCAGCAGCACGGUAUAGAAGUCAACGGAGAUGCAACACCUCAGUGACUGUGGACUGGACAAGUGCAGGAUCACAAACACAGAGUCGCGUCCUCCCACACAGCUGAACGACACCAGGAGAGGAGCAAAAAAAAGAAAUAACAGGAGACAAUUUCUAUCUGAAAUUGGACCAGAGAAACACGCAAAAGGCUCGAGAAGAACACCGAAGGACUGCAAAGUGAACACGUCUCCUCCUCCUGCAGCUCCAUGAAAAGCUUGAACGCUCUGGAAUCCGUUAACUGAGUAGCUAACUGAACCUCUCACUUCUGCUUCAAGGAAAUCGACCUCUGCACUGCACCGCCACGCUGCCGCCAAACUCUUCUUUUUACUUUAAAUUAUGAACCUGCCACACAAAGUUUAUUUUUAGCAUCUUUACAUUUUUAUCAUCACACAAACUUUUUCCUUUUUUCCCUUGUUCUUUGGGUUUGUUUUUUUUUUAAUUUCUUUUUUGGACAUGCUUUGUUUGAAGCUACUAAAUGGUCCCAUUUUGUUUUAAUUUAUUAGUCUUUAAAGAAUGUGUACACAGAAGUUUAAAAAAAAGAAGCUGAAAUCAUCUCCAGAAAUGAACAAAUAAUGAGCAAAUCAGUUGUUUUGAUCCUGCUCAGCACUGUUACUAAGAAUACUUUACUGUCAGUGGAUCUUUUGUAGUUUUUUUUUUUGUUUGUUUGUUUGUUUAUUUUAAUUUCUUCCUCUCGACACUGGUACUCCACACACCAGACGGAGCUCACACACAUCGUCCAUUGUCAGUGAAUUCAAAACUAUAAUAAUUUCCGUAGAGUCAAAGUGGGAGUGGCUUUGACAUCUCGGGCAUGGAGAUUUUUCUUUUUAGUGUAAGGCCUUAAUAGAUGCCUUACUGGAGAAUCUAGGUGUUAACAUAGCUCAGGUAAUUGGGAUGAUGCACUGGCAAGUGGUUCCCACCUUCAAUGACGUCCUUAUAUAAAGAAUUUAGAGCUCAUAUGUGUCCCCCGUUAGGUGCAAUGUACAGAAAGUAACACUGAGAUGAUUUUCAA